CCCAAACCGGAAAUGAGGUCAGGGAGGGAAACCUUGCCGGGAAGACUUGGCCCCAGAAGCUGCGGCUGUUGGAGGUGCCUGCGACAGCUGAUGUGGCCUCAUGGAUGAGCUGGUACACGACUUAGCCUCAGCCUUGGAGCAGACAUCGGAGCAGAGUAAGCUUGGUGAGCUGUGGGAAGAGAUGGCCUUGAGCCCUCGGCAGCAGAGGCGGCAGCUUCGCAAACGGAGGGGCCGGAAGCGCCGUUCAGACUUCACUCACCUGGCAGAGCACACCUGUUGCUACAGUGAGGCCUCUGAGUCCAGUCUGGAUGAGGCCAUCAAGGACUGUCGAGAAAUGGCCCCGGUCACCAAUUUUAGUGAUUCUGAUGACACCAUUGUAGCCAAACAGCACCCAGGUCUCAACACCAUUGUUAAGAGUAAACAACAUUCUUGGCACGAAUCUGACUCCUUUACUGAAAAUGCGCCUUGUCGACCUCUCAGGCGCCGGCGGAAGGUGAAGCGAGUGACAUCAGAGGUGGCUGCCAGCCUUCAGCAGAAGCUCAAGGUAUCAGAUUGGAGCUAUGAGCGAGGAUGUAGGUUCAAGUCUGCUAAGAAGCAGCGUCUGUCACGCUGGAAGGAGAAUACUCCCUGGACCUCAUCAGGCCACGGAUUGUGUGAAUCAGCAGAAAACAGGACUUUUCUAAGCAAAACAGGAAGGAAAGAAAGGAUGGAGUGUGAAGCAGAUGAGCAAAAACAGGGCUCUGAUGAGAACAUGUCAGAAUGUGAGACCAGCAGUGUGUGCAGCAGCAGUGACCCAGGCCUCUUCACGAACGACGAGGGACGGCAAGGGGAUGACGAGCAGAGUGACUGGUUCUAUGAGGGAGAAUGCGUCCCGGGAUUCACUGUCCCUAACCUUCUGCCCAAGUGGGCUCCCGAUCAUCGCGCCGAAGUAGAAAGGAUGGACUCUGGACUGGACAAACGGUCAGACCCCACAUUUCUUCUGCCUUCUCGGCCAGCUCAGAGGGGGUACCACGCCCGCCUGAAUCGCCUGCCCGGAGCCGCAGCACGGUGCCUCCGAAAGGGACGAAGACGGCUCGUCGGGAAGGAGACCAGCAUAAGUGCUUUGGGUUCUGAGAGGAUAGGCCACAUUGUUAGUGACUCUCGGCAGAAAGAAAAGAAUAGAGUGUUGGCUUCUGAUUUUCCUCACAUUUCUGCUUGUGCGCAUGAGUUUAAUCCCCUCUCUCCCCUCUACUCCCUGGACGUUCUCGCCGAUGCUUCUCACCGAAGGUGUUCCCCGGCACAGUGCUCUGCCAGACAGGCAAACAUACACUUGGGACCCCCGUGUUCACGUGACAUCAAGAGGAAGCGGAAACCUGUGGCCACAGCGUCUCUCUCUAGCCCCAGUGCAGUAAUCUCAGCAGUCCACGUGGAUGCCAUGGAGCCAGCCACACCAGCAUCGCAAGCCCAGAAACCUCCAAACUCGGAGUGGCUGGUCAGGACCUCUGCCACAGAGAAAGCCACUGACUCGGCCGCAGCUACGUUUUUUAAAAUGCCACAGGAGAAGAGCCCUGGAUGCAGCUAGAGGGCAGGACCUCACCCACCAGGAGCCAGUGGGCUGUUGUGAAGUGAACAGGAGGUUUUGUGUUGAGUGGUCUUGCAUAUUUUAAUAGAUACCCCCAGUCUGUUUAUCACCAGGUCUGGCUCCUUCCUCUUCCAACAAAGCAGUGGACUCUUUCUCUCAGAAAAUCAUACUGUGGAAAUCUGUUUUUUUAAAAAAAGUUAGUGAAGUAUUAGGGCAGCAGUUUUUUUAAAAGCCAUCCAUCCUAUACGAUAUUUGUUACACUGCUGUUGCGGUCUCAACAGUUAGCGCCAGCGUAGUGUGCGGAGCUGUUCCUUUUUUGCAGGUGUGUCUUUUUUCUUGAAAAACUAGUAACUGCUUUUACAUACUUUUUGUGCAGAGCUUUUAAUAUCAUCUGAGGAAGGGCUGCCUUUGCAGUCAGCCCCAGACAGUCGGGUGCCAAGUUGGGGCCUGUGUGUGGGGUCGUGUUUGCAGGAGGCGAGGCUUGCCUUUGAGCCUGGCCUUGAGUCACCCGGAGUGUCAGUGAGGUAAAUCCGCCACGGUCUCAAUUCGGAGCCUCAGAAGCGACACCAGCAGCGUGGGACUUCCUGUGGACGGCCUCGCGGGAUCGCCGGCAGCUGCCUUGGGCUUUGCCUCAUCUCCAAAGUUCGCGUUCUAGCAGACGAGGACUCCACACGUGCUCUCACACACACUGCUGUAACGAAGAAGGUGGUUCACCGGACAGAAAAGCUGAAAUGGCGGAUUGGGUCUCAGCGUUUCAUGUUGCCGUGUAAGCCUUUAUAUACCGACUGGGAUUUUAUUGUUAGUUUAUAGGUCAGUAACCUGCAGCAGAAAUUCACUCUGUUAUAAUAAUGGCUUCUUGGGGUUGCUCUUUGGGGAGGAAAAUGUCUUUGACGUGCCUGUCUCCUAGGUGUGUUCACGGCAGCUCAGCUGCGGGCAGAGUCGCACGCAGCCGUGCCUGAGGUUGGGUGCUCUGUUGUCAAAAUGGGGAGUCGGUGGCUGCCCGGGGCUGCUGGAGAAAAGCCGAAGUUUUAUCAUGGGUGUCUCAUUCAGGGGCCUGGGUGAUAGUAGGGUUCUUUUUUGGUACAAAUUAGAUACAUUUACUCUGAAAUGUACAGAAGCUGUUCUCUAAGUGCCCACUCUUAUGGUGAUUAACGUUCCAGAGGAACUCCUGGCCUCGCACCUGGGUAGUGUGUGUGCUUAAAACUAGGUGCGGGGUGGGGCGGAGCCUCCUCUCCCAGAAGGGCGCGUGUCCCCUUUUCUCACCCAGAGCGUGAUGGUGGGCUGCUUUACCGUCUUCCCUUUGAAAGUGGUAGUCCUCGGUGGUAGCUCCAGAAUUCCUUGUCUGUGGGGUUGGUGUGAAUCCAGUUGCAGAGGGAGACUUAAGCUAAGUUUAUGUGGCACUUUAUGUAAGACUGAGAAUGUGUCAGUCGUCCCUAACGAGGAAUAUGGUGGUGGGCGGGGUGGGGCAGGUGGGAAUUGUGGGCCGAGGAGCAGUGCUGCCGCCCGCGGGGUGUCCUGGGAGCCUCCAGAGUUCUCACCGGGCAGUGAGUGCGCCGCCCUUCCCAAUGGGCCGCACCCACAGACGCGGAGAAGGCUAAUCUGAAUGUAAGGCGGCGCUUCCGAGUUGUUGGGUGAGGAAGGCAGGUCCUGUUGUCACCUACACGUUCCUGCCUGGUCCCCAUAGUGGUGUCCUGAGCACACAUUUCUAACGUACUUUGUUGGAUUUGGGGGAGAAACCCGUGGACACACUUUUACUUUCUUUUAAAUAAAGCCACGGGGCUUACAAGAAAGCCCCGUGGCUCAUGCUGAGAUUGGUCCUGUGACAUAGACUCUUUUGGCCUCCGUAGUUCGGUGGACUCUGUCCUUCGUGGGAUGUGGCCCGACAGUUUUUUUUCUACCCUUUUUUAACCUGAUUGAAAGUAGUUAUAUACACCAUGGUGCAUUUUAGACAUCUCUGUGGUGCACAGGCAGAUGACAUAUAAUGUCAUAAAUGAAGAAGAGUCUGUUACCUUUCAACAAAAGAGACAAUUUCAAAGUCUGGUUUUGUUAUAUGUUAAAAAAUCUCUAACAGCAUUACCUCCUUUGAGGGUAACCCUGGGGCUUCCAAGUGUUCGAUCUGCUCUAAAGUAGCACCUGAAGCUGAGUUCCACGGCGCCCAUGCACUUACGGGUUUGGACUCACCGCAGCCGGCUGGCAGCCUGCCUCCCUGAAUCCUGGCCGUGUAUCUUCUACAGCAGGCAGAAGUCGGGACGUUAUCUUCAGUUGUCAUUCAUAAAAGUUAAUUUGGCGUGUGAGUUUCAGGGAGUUUGAUACCAUUUUUUAGACGCAGUAUUUUAAAGGAGCAACUUCAUUUGUAUCAAAAAACACUUGUGUUUUGGUAAGAACUGUUCAGAAGAGGAAAGUAGUAGCUGUUGACAUGGUGCCAAUUUGGGAGGGAGAGAAUAUGGUCUUUAUUGACUGGUGCGUGUGUUUUAAACUUGAAUUCUUUAGAAAUCAAACACUGUGGAAAAUUGCAGAUGGCACUGUUUUGCUGGGCUCUGACACAGGCUGCAGACAGGCCAUUUGGGCAGCAAAUGACCAAAGCUGAAAUCGGUCCAGUCACUGCUUACAGCAUCCUUUGCUAAGUAAAACUCCACACCUAGCACGGAUGAUUAAGCUAUGUAUGAAUCCCAGAUAGAUUAACCUCACACAACUUUUCAUUGUGGAAUCGGAAGCACAAUUGAGCCCAGAGCAGCGGGAGUCCUGUCGCUGGGCUGUCAUUGUCAAUGUGAUGGUCUCUCCACUCUGGGCUCCAGGCGAAGCUCCUGGUGACGCAUGAUUUGUUUCAGGUCUUCGCUGUAUUUUGACUUCGUGGCUGUGCUUCUGAGCCACACACUUUCUGUUUCCCGGGCUGUGUAAAAAUCUCAGCGUUAGAAGCCACAGUCAGUAUUUGUAUGUCUGGCGAACCCGCUCUGAGCUGGGAUGAGAGCAGAGGGGCUCACUCCAGCAGCGGUGGCUGCAGUCACUUCAGUGGUAUGGCUUGCAGGAUGUGUCGUGGCUUAUGGGGUGGCAGGAGGGACGAUAGAAGCGGUUUGCGCUUGCUGUCAGCUGCCUCCUUUGUUAACGCCUGAGCUGUCCAUUUCACUUGUCAGUAUUUCCUUAUCUCCCACGCCAGUCAGGACAGGUAGUGAACACUGGCACAGAGGGAAACGGAGAGGAAACCGGUGGGUUCUGCUGUUAGCACUGACCACAGGGCGGUCCGGAGGUGCUUCCGCCUGCAUUAGGGUCACAACAGAUGAGUGUCAACUGCCUGUGAACAGCAGGACUGAAAAGAAACAAGGAGAAUGAGUGAUGUUGCUUAGGGUAUGGAUUACAAGGUUUUUAACAAACCCAGCAAAACAGACUUAUGGCCAAAAGAAGACAAUUUUCUGCCACUGCAGACAAACACAGGCACUUGGUAAAACUGCCAGCUUUUGGAAAUAAAAAUAUUUAAAGCACAGUAUUGAAGAAUGGGGCAAACCCUGAAGAUGUUCACCAAGGAAAACAAUCUUGGCAAAGUCCGGAAGUGAGAAGGCAAGAGAGAGAGGUGGAGGUGCUGGGGUGCGUGGACCAACAGCAUCAGCACGCUCUCGGCCCCCAGCCCUACGGGGUCUGAAGUCUGAGGGGGGGGCCCGGCAAUCUGUGACGAGCCCCCCAGGGACUCGGGUGCACGCCGAUGUUUGAGAACCACGGGCUUCUGUGUAGUUAAAAAGGACUGUUUUAAUAGGCUGUAUCCCUGAGCUGCUGUCUUCCAUUUCCUUCUGUAAGAGAUGUUUUGUGUAUGAUGUUUGCAAAGAUUGUCAUGUCUUUAUUCCCCACACCCUUCCCCUCUGCUCCUGAAAGAUUACCUGGAAAUUUAGAAAGGACAAUGUGGAGAAAAUGCCAUCGAGGCCGAAUUUAAGUGGAUGGGAAUGUUUUAAAAUGGAUUAAAAUGUAACAAUGAACUUUUAGUCUGUGAGUGCUAGUCAUUGUUCACUUCUAACAGUAAGACAUUUGUGUAAGAGAUUGCCAUUCGUGAUUUUAUGGUAUUUGUUCGUUACAUCAUAGUCUCAUGCGAAAAUGUUAUGAAUGAUGAAGGCUUUGAAGCAUAACUCACAAAUAUGAAAAAAUAUUAGAAGAAAAACUACCCUACAUACACAGUUUUUGAGGCAAAUACCUGUUGAGUGAUUGGUAAUCUUUUGCUAGGACUUAAUUCCAGUGCUUCACGCAGUAAAAUCCCGUUUUCAGUUGCCCACUUGCUCGUGUCCUUGUUCAACAUUUCCAGCAGCGCUUCCGCGGGGGUUGGGGAGCCGCAGCGACAGCGUGUUACUCAGCACUUCCGAACACGGGACUCUAACCUUACAAAGUUUUGAACUGAAAUCACGACCACUCUUUUCCUUCAGAUUUUAUUUGUGUGAAUUGGACAGGGCCCUAACUGACUACUAAAUAAAGCCCAGGGAAAAUAAGUGG